ACGAUAGUCUUUAAAGCAUGACAAAAGAUUAUUAAAACAGGAUGAAAUUGAUGAAGGACUGUGCCAGUUGGAAACGGGUAUCUUUUUACAUUGUAUUUGGGAGUGUAGCCUAGUUAAACCAUUCUGGAAACAAGUUAUAAGUUGCGUGUCGUAAGUUGCUGGUAUGGCUCCACAAUAUCUCUAACACGUCAGCUGUGUUUACUAGGUGACAAGUCUCAAUUACCAAAUGUUUCUAAGUGUGUACUUUCUGUUAUAAUGGUAUGUAUUACAAUGGCUAGCAGGAUUAUUCUGAGACACUGGAAAACAGUGAAAGCCCCAGAACGAAAAGAUUGGGCUAGUGCAAUGAUAGAAAUUGCUUCUUACGAAUCUAUGCUUAAUAGAGUAAAUGGUGUCAAAGAGGAUGGGUUGUCUCCUUGAGAAGAGUUCUGGACAUAUAUUACAGUAACGACUGAGAAUGAAUAGAUUGACACUUGGUGAAAUGUCUUGUAUGGUACUUUCUUUAAUGUUCCACCUGUGCCUGUAGAAAUCUGUAACCCUGUAUUAUUAUUAUUAUUGUGGUGUUGUACUUUUGUUACCCUUUCACCUUCCAAAAGCAAUAAAAACUUGAGAAAAAAAAAAAAAAAAAAAAAAAAAGAUUAUUAAAACAUAGUAAUAUAAAAUGUACAUUAAAGUAAAACUUAAAAAGUACUCUUUUUAAGUACACUUAAGUGGCCUUUAAUUUCAUUAAUAUGACAUAUAUGCAAGUCCAGUUUAAAAAAAAAAGAUUUGAAGUAUGUUACAAGUGCACAUUCAAUACACAUUCAUAUGUACGUGUUAAACGGUGAAACAAAAUCAUGAAGUUUAUUAAACUGAAAAAAAUCAUUCACAAUGGUUUUGUGAACCAGAUUCAUUUAAAAGAUCCAAAUCACCAAAAUGUUGACAAACAUACUUGUCUCACUAACGCCCCAUGAACACUAGGGAUCCUCAAACAAAGCUUUUAUAUAGCUUCAGAAGACAUGGAAUAUACCUCAAGCACCCGGUUCCUUUGUGUCUAUUUUUGAAGCUUGAAAGGUUCAGUCCAUAUUAUUUGUAAUUGCAUGGGGGAAAAUAACAACCAGAACUAUUCCUUUAAGACACAACACAAUGGAAGUUGUGCACAAUUCCCUUCUGUUAUGUCUUGCUCUGAUUGUGUUGUGUUGUUUUUGUGGCUUAAAGGGUCUAUAGAAUGCUGCAGGGAUGAUUUAAACAUUAAAGGGGACAUUAAAGAGGUGGCUGAUUAUGAUUUCACUUUUUUAACUUUAGUUAGUGUGUAAUGUUGCUGUUUGAGCAUAAACAACAUCUGCAGAGUUACGCACUCAAAGUUCAGUGCAAAGGGAGAUAUUUUCUUUUAAAGAAUUUGCUGUUUAAGGACUACAACGAACGGCUGGUAGGGACUACAACAAGCUUCUUCCCGGGUUAGUGACAUCACUAACCCUAAAAUGUACAUAAACCCCUUAAGAACACGUAAUAAAGGGGGCGAGGCCAUGUUGUGCUGCUUUAGAGAAGAGGAAGAGUUGUUGAAGUAGAGUGUUGUUGCCAUGCCGUCAUUUUACACCAGACUGCUUCACAAACGAGGGUCAAUUAAACGCUGGAUUUGCACAAAAGAUUAACAUGACGACACAUGCUAGUAGAUGAGUUGAAUCAACUCCACAGCAACUACAUAAAUUUAUCCACUAACAAUUCAGAAAUGUCUAGAUGCAUUCUAAACGUUGUAACUUUCCUCCAUCAGUGUCCGACUCUGGUUUGAACAAUGUAAGGCUGAACACCAUUACUGACAAUCGUCAUCUUGGCUGUGUGAGAUUCUCCAGCUUUGUUGUUGAGCAACCAAAGCACAAGCCGUUGAAGCUCUGCCCUCUUCUGGAAAGCGGCUGGGAGCAGCAGCUCAUUUGCAUUUAAAGGAACAUGCACAAAAAUGGCAUGUUUUUGCUCACACCAAAUAGGGGCAAGCUAUAAUAAAUGAUCUGUGUGGUAUUUUGAGCUGAAACUUCACAGACACAUUCUGGGGACACCAGAGACUUAUAUCACAUCUUGUAAAAGGGGCAUUAUAGGCCCCCUUUAAACAUCUGAACAAAUAAUACAGUGAUAAAGAGGAAAAUGAUGAUCAAUGAUGCAAACAGAAUUCAAUUCUGCUGUAAAGACAAUAGUGUCAUUAUUCAGUUGAAGUCAGUGCGGUGUUGAUUCAGUUCAGUUCAAUGACUGUGUAAAGUUAAUUAAUUUUGAAAUGAGUUUAAUUCCGCUAUAAAGCUGCUCUACAGAAGACAAUAGUGCACUUAUUCACUGUGAGUCAGUUCAGUGUCGAUUCAGUUCAGGUCAAUAACAGUGUCAAUGUUGCAAAAUUUGUCAAUUAUGAAACAAAGUCGAAUCAGCUACUAUGCACAAAACAGUGUUGUCAUCAUCCAGCUCAAUUCAGUUCAAGUUUUGUUCUCAUCCAAUAGUGUCAGUGCAGUCAAAACAAUAAUAUUACUGAAUAUUAAGUGUCCCCAACUAAGCAAGCCAGUGGCGACAGUAGCAAGGAACUCAAUCUCCAUCAGGUGACAGAAAUCAGAGUCCGUUUGAUAGCCUUUUUGUGGUCAUAAUCACAUUCUUGUAAACUAUUCUAACUCAGACUUUCAGGGAAAAAGUUUAAAUAACUGAAAGACUGAAAUAGUUGUCUAAGCUUGGCUGUCUAUGCAGUAGAAACACAUUUAUUUUGUUUUAUUUUUUAAAUCUGUGCUGACAAGACAAAACAGAUAAAUAGAGCUGUGGCAUCUCCUUUUGCCAAAAAGGAGAUGCCACACUUCUGCCCUUCUGUCACUCUAACUGUCCAUGGGUGGGAAUACAAAAAUGCAGACAUCCGAUCUGUAGUUUUAAUAACAGCACUGUAACUGUCAAAAUGACACAUUUUGUGUCAUCUGGUGGACAUUUGCUGACAAUAGGGAUAUCUGGGUGCAGAUAACAUGAAGAAAAAGUGUACAUUGUUCAUAUACUACCUACAUUGCAACAACACAAAGCUGGUUGAAAAUCAGCAAACUUACCCUUUAAUUAUGUGCUGUACAAGGGAGUUUUUUCUUUGUGUUGUGGAAUAUUUCCAGUGUGUUUUGGAUAUAUCUGGACUAAUUAAUCUGUUAUUUUCUGUGCUAAUUUUGUUGUGUUGUGACCCUUGUGCUUGCAACUUGGAGCAGAAACUAAUGCAUAGCAUAAGUCUUAAUUAAUAUCUGCCUCUUUUAUCUCUCAAAGCUCCGCCAUGAUGACCACCGUGACCUGGUAGACUGUGAAUUUGUGGAGUGUACGGCCUGCACAGCCACGUGGCAGAGAUGUACCAAGAGGUGGCUUUCUUAGCAGGCAGCACUGAUCAUCAGUUUACCUCCUUUCACUUUAACCCUUUGGAGAACCCCCAUGAAAUCAGCAGCAAAAAGGGUGUGUUCUACAAACGCGCGCAACUGCAGUGCAAGCCCGGCAUACAGGAGGACGAGGUUCACCGGAAUCGAGGGGCUGGAGUAGACGAGGGUGCUUUAGUUGACCGUACAGCCAUCAUCAAUGUGGGCGGCAUUCGUUAUCGCAUACCAUGGGCCACUCUUGAGGAGUUCCCACUGACACGCCUGGGAAAGUUACGUAGCUGCAGCAAUGCCGAGGAAAUCCUCGACUUAUGUGAUGACUAUGACGCGCACUGCAAUGAGUUCUUCUUUGACCGAAGUCCCAGCGCCUUCCGCUCCAUUGUCACUUUCCUGGCGGCCGGGAAGCUCCGUCUUCUGCGGGAGAUGUGUGCGCUGUCCUUUCAGGAGGAGCUGUUGUAUUGGGGUGUGGAGGAGGCCAGCCUGGAGUGGUGUUGCUUGAGAAAACUCCGUCUUCGGCAAGAGGAGCAGCGGGAGAGACUCCGGCAGGAGGAGGAGGAGGUCGAGCUGACCACGCCCCAGUCGUGUGAGGAGGUGCCGGCUGUCGGGAGCCCAGAGGAGGGUCGUCUGGCUGGGUGCAUGCACAGCCUCAGAGACAUGGUGGAGAACCCUCACUCUGGGAUUCCUGGGAAGAUCUUUGCCUGCCUCUCUGUGGUGUUUGUGGCCAUCACGGCAGUUACACUGUGUGUCAGCACCAUGCCUGACCUGAGGGAGGAGGAGGAGAGGGGUGAGUGCUCCCAGAGGUGCUUCAACAUCUUUGUGCUGGAAACAGUGUGUGUGGGCUGGUUCUCCCUGGAGUUUCUGCUCCGUUUCAUCCAGACACAGAGCAAGUGCAUGUUCUUGCGCACACCCCUCAACAUCAUCGAUGUGGUGGCCAUCCUGCCCUAUUACAUCACUUUAAUAGUGGACUCACUGUCUGUAAGCGACCGUCCCACCGGCUCAGGAAACAACUACCUGGAGAAAGUGGGAUUGGUCCUGCGAGUUCUUCGAGCGCUGCGGAUCUUCUACGUGAUGCGAUUAGCACGUCACUCUUUGGGGUUACAGACAUUAGGGUUGACUGUACGCCGCUGCACUCGAGAGUUCGGACUGCUCCUGCUGUUCCUGUGCGUUGCCAUGGCACUGUUCUCACCUCUGGUCUUCCUGGCCGAGAGCGAGUUGGGCGCCAAGCAGGAGUUCACCAGUAUCCCCGGGAGCUACUGGUGGGCUGUCAUUUCCAUGACCACAGUUGGAUAUGGUGACAUGGUUCCACGCAGCAUUCCUGGCCAGGUGGUAGCACUCAGCAGCAUCCUAAGUGGAAUCCUGCUCAUGGCAUUCCCAGUCACAUCCAUAUUUCACACUUUUUCACGCUCCUACCUGGAACUAAAAGAGGAGCAGAGUCGGGCCUCACGGCACAAACCCGAUUCACAAGACAGCACCAAGUCCCAAAACAGUGAGGAUUCACAAGACACUGACAGUUCGAUACAUGGAAUCAUAGAGACCACUGCAGUCAGUGUGCACCACCGCAGAUCACUAGCUGUGGCAAGUCAAGGAGUUCCACAGGUCAGGCGAUCACUAAAGUCAUAAUGCAAACAGCUAACUAAGACUAAAGAAAAAUCCCACGUACAAAGACAUGCUACAGGUGAGCGGCCAUAUAUAGUACCUGUUUAAUCAGGUGACUUGACAAUAAUAGACACUGGGAAAGGAACAUUGAAAUGGACAGGUUUGUAUGUCCAAAGCACAAUCCUUUAAGGAGUUAGUUCACCCUAAAAUGAUUAUUCUGUCAUCAUUUACUCACCAUCAUGUUCCAAAUGCAUGACUUUCUUUCUUCCGUAGAACACAAAUGGAACUGUUCAAAGUGAAUGGAGACUGGGACUAUAAACUCAAAAAACAAUUUAAAAAACACCAUACAACUCAUAGUAACCUUAUUCAAAGCCUUCUGAAGCCAAAUGAUAACUUAGUGUGAGAAAAAGAAGCAAAAUUUAAGUUAUUUUUUCCCUACUUAGUAACUCUAAGUAGGGAAAAGUAACUUAGUAGGGAAAAUUUACUCUAGUAAAUCUCACUUUUGAUUGAGAAUUAAAAUGUGUCACGCCCAGGUUUGACAUCAGUGACACGAAGCAACCUGUUGUUGCAUGUAUCAUAAACCAUCAUGCCAUGCCCUUUGAAUAGGUGUAACUGGUCCUACUCACACCACCCUAAGUGGUAUUCAAACCAGCGUCAAUUGCCAUAGGUGGCAGUUCCGCUAAAAAAGACACUAAAGACUGCAGCCUUUUGAGGCCAGGGGAGUGAGGUUUACUUGCACAGCUGCCUCCAUUCCAUUCACCCGCCUAAACCUCACUAAUUCGGUUCACGGCACCAAUGUAGUAUUUGAUCUUACACCACUUCAGAGCAGGAUUCGAACCAGCGUCAACUGGCAUGGGAGGAGGACUUCCAAAAAAAGUACUAAAAGCUGCUGCCCCUAGCUUGCCUCUUGAGGACAAGGGGGUGAGGUGAACCUGCACAGCUAUCUACUAGCUGGCUUUGGUUACAUUCACCCGUAUAAAUAUCACUCCCAUUUGGGUCACGGCACCAAUGUAACUGGUCUUACACUGCUUCAGAGCAGGAUUCGAACCAGCAUCAACUGGCAGGGGAGGGGGGUGUCCUAAAAAAGUCGCUAGAAACUGCUGCCCCUAGCUUGCCUCUUGAAGACAAGGGAGUGAGGUAAACCUGCACAGCUAUCUACUAGCAGGCAUUUGUUACAUUCACCUGUAUAAACCUCACUCCCAUUUGGGUCACGGCACCAAUGUAACUGGUCUUACACUGCUUCAGAGCGGGAUUCGAACCAGCAUCAACUGGCAUAGCAGGGGGUGUCCUAAAAAGACUGCGCUAAAAGCCAUGUGGUACUCACUGCAGAGUCUAUGAUGGCCAGCUCCUCCUCUCAGGACGUCCAGUGGGGUGGAGGGAUAGAACUCUCCACCUCUCUGGAUGUCGAAUGGGGUGGAGAGAUAGAGUUGUGGGUAGGGUUAGGGUAGGAUUAAGGUGUGGUUGUACAUCCGCUCCUCCUCGCUGGACGUCUAGCGAGGGGGAGCUAACAUAAGCCCCUAUAGCUUGCCUCUUGAGGCCAAUGGAGUGAGGUUUACCUGCACAGCUAUAUACCACUUGCCUAAACCUCACUCUCCUCCGGGUCACGGCACCAAUGUAACUGGUCCUACUUGCACUCUGAGUGCAAUUCAAACCAGCAUUAACCGGCAUGGGAGAAGGGCCCGCUAACAAGGACUCUAAAACCAGCAGCCCCUAAAUGUGUCUCUUGAGGUCAGGGAAGUGAGGUUUACUUGUACAGCUCUUAAUAGCUGGCCUCUUUUAUAUAUGCAGCAGUUUAGAGAUUUGAGAGCUCAACUGCGUUUGUCCCCAAUCACUUUAAACGUACAAAAAAACUCAGCAGGAACAUUCGGUUAAACAUCUCCUUUUGUGUUCCACCGAAGUAAGAAAAUCAUAUCGGUUUGGAAUGGCAUGAGAGUGAGUGAUGAAUGAAUUUUAUUUAAGCUCGUGUACCUGGUAGAUGGAUGCUCCUACCUGUGAAAACUGUAUGACUGUGAAGAUUGACAUUUUAUUUUGCAUCAACCUUUAAGGUAAAAUGAGCUUUUCUCUGGUGAAAGAGCAUAUAUUGUGUCACACUGUUCAAAACAGGCUAUUGAACUUUAGUUUAUGCUCCUAUAUAGCUGAUUUGCAAUAACUAUGUUUAUGGAAACACAAUUAAACAUAUUUCUGUAAAAUUCUGCUUUUAGAUGCCAUAGUCUCAGGAUCUGCCACUUGUAAUAAACACAAUGAAAUACCCUUUAAAAGAAUAAAGGUUUCUUAUUUUCAAA